AUGUUCGCAGGUCUCAAUGGAAUCGGCGCGGAUAUCGCCAACCGGCAGCUUGGUAACGAUACACCAGAACAACAAGCCCGACGAGUCAACCGCGAGCUCCGAAAUUUGGCUGAUCCUCACGUACUGAGGGCCCCAAGGAUGGAGCAACAGCGCAGUCCUAUUGUGAUUGAUUCCGAUUCCGAUGACGCGGAUUACGAGGCGCACCUCCAGGACUUCGAAGACUUUAGAAGAGACAUUGCUGAUAUACGAAGUCGGGCGCCAUAUAGACAUGUCUCGAGGAGUAGCAGGAGGCGUCGUGUUAUAGGAAGGACUGGCAACAACAGGAAUGAAAAUGGCGAUGCGGACGUGGGUGCCGUCUCGAGCAGUAACAGCGAUAACGUUACCGCUACUCCUGGUCUCAGGAGAACGAACACUCACGCUCGAGGAAGCUCUAGUACCCCCGGUACAAGCGCGUUCAAUCGCUUCCUGAACAAUCGCCGCACUCUCAACCCUUUCCGACCUGCUUCUGAGAACAACGCUGCAGCAACCCCUAGACCUGCCGGUAACCCCCUAGAACAACAGCGCGAGGGUUCAGCGGAAGCUGCUCUUGUCAAAUACCUCCUGGAUCAGCACGAGCGUGCAGUAGAACCUGUUCCUACCCGACAACUCGCGAACCUGCGCAGGCAUGCAAGGGAACGGCAAGCAAACGUUCAAGCAUAUAUGCCGAGUAUCGAGCCAAACCCGCCGCAUCCCUCCGAACCAGGUGCCAGUCGAGCAACCACUCUGCAUGCCCAUCUCCCGAGUUCAAACACCUCAGAGACUCCUAUAGACAUCGACAUGACAUCAGACAAACUCACCGAACUUCCUGCUAUUCAACCACUUCCUGCUCGCGAGGCAAUUCGCAGCCGGCAGCUCGACCACCGCGAAGGCAACCUAAAUCGACGGGAGCAAGCUAUGGCUAUGCGGCAGACGAUACUAGCAAGACGUGAGGUAGAGCUUACAUCGCGAGAGACGAGGGUUGAUGAACUGAUGCGUGUGGUGAGGAGGCAUCGGGAGGAGGCGGAGAAGUUGGUCAGGAGACACAGGAAGGAGAUUGAAGAGCUUCUGAAUUGA